GACUUACAGCAGUAGGACUCUGCAUCACAGGUCCCGGCCCCAGCUGCACAGCACAUCUGGGCGAAGGCUGGCUGUGAGGAGUUACCUGUCCUGGUACCUCUGACAAGACCUCCUCACCACCACUUAGUCUCGGAUGCUCUGCCAGCCAGCUAUGCUCCUAGAUGGCCUCCUCCUGCUGGCCGCCAUGGCUGCAGCCCAGCACAGAGGGCCAGAAGCCAGUGGGCACCGCCAGAUUCACCAGGUCCGGCGUGGCCAGUGCAGCUACACCUUUGUGGUGCCAGAGCCUGAUAUCUGUCAGCUGACCCCGACGGCGUCACCUGAGGGUUUGGGGGGCUCAAAUAGCCUCCAGAGGGACUUGCCUGCCUCGAGGCUACACCUAACAGACUGGCGAGCCCAGCGGGCCCAGCGGGCCCAGCGCGUGAGCCAGCUGGAGAAGAUACUAGAGAAUAACACUCAGUGGCUGCUGAAGCUGGAGCAGUCCAUCAAGGUGAACUUGAGGUCAGACCUGGCGCAGGCCCAGCAGGACACAAUCCAGAACCAGACAACUGCCAUGCUGGCACUGGGCGCCAACCUCAUGGACCAGACCAAGGCUCAGACCCACAAGCUGACUGCCGUGGAGACACAGGUCCUAAACCAGACAUUGCACAUGAAGACCCAAAUGCUGGAGAACUCACUGUCCACCAACAAGCUGGAGAGGCAGAUGCUGAUGCAGAGCCGUGAGCUGCAGCGGCUGCAGGGCCGCAACAGGGCCUUGGAGACCAGGCUGCAGGCAUUGGAAGCACAGCAUCAGGCCCAGCUUAACAGCCUCCAAGAGAAGAGGGAACAACUGCAGAGCCUCCUGGGCCAUCAGACCGGGGCCCUGGCUAACCUGAAGCACAAUCUGCAAGCUCUCAGCAGCAAUUCCAGCUCCCUGCAACAGCAGCAGCAGCAACUGACAGAGUUAGUACAGCGCCUGGUACGGAUUGUAGCCCAGGACCAGCAUCCGGUUUCCUUAAAGACGCCUAAGCCAAUGUUCCAGGACUGCGCAGAGAUCAAGCGCUCCGGGGUUAAUACCAGCGGUGUCUAUACCAUCUUUGGAACCAACAUGACAAAGCCUCUCAAGGUGUUCUGUGACAUGGAGACUGAUGGAGGUGGCUGGACCCUCAUCCAGCACCGGGAGGAUGGAAGCGUAAAUUUCCAGAGGACCUGGGAGGAAUACAAAGAGGGUUUUGGUAAUGUGGCCAGAGAGCACUGGCUGGGCAAUGAGGCUGUGCACCGCCUCACCAGCAGAACGGCCUACUUGCUACGCGUGGAGUUGCAUGACUGGGAAGGCCGCCAGACCUCCGUCCAGUAUGAGAACUUCCAGCUGGGCAGCGAGAGGCAGCGGUACAGCCUCUCUGUGAAUGACAGCAGCAGUUCAGCAGGGCGCAAGAACAGCCUGGCUCCUCAGGGCACCAAGUUCAGCACCAAAGACAUGGACAAUGAUAACUGCAUGUGCAAAUGUGCUCAGAUGCUGUCUGGAGGGUGGUGGUUUGACGCCUGUGGCCUCUCCAACCUCAACGGCAUCCACUAUCCGGUUCAUCAGCAUCUGCACAAGAUCAAUGGCAUCCGCUGGCACUACUUCCGAGGCCCCAGCUACUCACUGCACGGCACACGCAUGAUGCUGAGGCCAAUGGGUGCCUGACACACAGCCCUACAGAGACUGAUGCCGUAGGAGGAUUCUCAUCCCAGGUGGCUCUGUGCAUGCUGGGCCCCUGCCCAGAAAUCAGUGCCCAGGGCUCCUCUUGACAUUCUGGAACAUCAGAGCCAGCUUACCUUGCCCCAGGAUUACAAGAGCCGCCUGCCUCUUGUGUGCCCCUCUAGUGUGAAAUGCUGGGUGCUUGAGGCACCUGCCUCUGUGGGACCCAUACUCUUUCCCUCCUGCGGCAUGCAGGGACUCCCUGCCAUGACCCCUCAGAGGAUAGGGUUGCAUCAGGUGGGAAAAUCCUGCAGCCUGAGGUGCCCUCCUCCGGGGGAGGGGGAGAGUCUCUCCCUCUUCCCUAAUUCCAAGUUUCUCUAGCCUUGAGAUGUCUGCGGACUUUCUUUCCAAGGCUGGUGAACACCGUCCCCACUCCCAGUCCCCAGCGCUAGCCACCAGUCCCCGAGCCCCGUGGCUCUUGGACUUCAAUGGCUGAGUGAGACCUGGUCUCUCAGAGGUGUCUAGAAGUAGGAGAAGAGAUCUUUUUACUCCAAUGUGCACUAGGUAAUAACUAAGGCUCCUCUCUGAAGUACUUUGGAUGAAGGGAGAGAAACAGCAGGUUAAAUAAAGAGAAUAGACUUUCCUAACUGCA